UUCCGGUUCCGUGUUUCAGGACGAAUCUGCCGCUGCUGGAUUUCACGCCCCUUCUUGAUGCAUUUUAAUACUUUAUAUUUUCUUAUCAGGUUAUUCAUUUCGACCCUUGAAGAGAUGUCAAUAUUUGUUCAACACUAAAUCCCUGGAAUGGCUUUGAGAAACCAGUCUCUGAAGACUCUACUCUUUCUUGGGCUUUUUCAAGUUGGACACCGGGGUUUGGCCUCUGCUCCGGAAGUCAAAGAGCCACCCAAGAAAAUUGCAAUAAUUGGAGGAGGUAUUGGAGGCACAGCGGCGGCUUAUUUCAUGCGGCAGGAGUUUGGGUCAGGAGUGAAGAUUGACGUGUUUGAGGCAGGGCCUGUCGGAGGCCGUCUGGCCACUGAGAACAUUGGAGGAUAUGAAUAUGAGACGGGAGGAUCCAUUAUUCACCCCCUUAAUCUGCACAUGAAGCACUUUCUGGACAACCUCGGUCUGUCUCCACGAGCUGAAUUAUCUUCUAAAAUGGCGAUAUUUGAUGGAAAGGAGCUGACCUUUGAAGAAAGUGAUUGGUUCAUUGUGAAUUUCAUACGCAUGCUGUGGAGAUAUGGAUUCAACUUCAUUCGGAUGCAUAUGUGGGUGGAGGGCAUCCUGGACAAGUUUAUGAGGAUAUAUCAGUACCAGCAGUUUGGUUACUCAUUCUCCAAUGUGGAGAGGCUGUUGCAUGCUAUGGGUGGAGAUGGUUUCCUCACUCUGGUCAAUCAGACACUGGAGGAGGCCAUGCUGGCAGAGGGCUUCACUCAGGUCUUUCUCAAUGACAUUGUAACGCCUGUAACACGUGUCAACUACGGCCAGAGUGUCAGAGUAAAUGGAUUUGUGGGUGCUGUGGCUCUUGCAGGAGCUGACUCUGGUUUGUGGGCUGUAGAUGGAGGAAAUAAGAGAGUUUGCUCUGGGCUUCUGUACCACAGCAAAGCUGAUCUUGUCUCGGCUCGUGUAACUACUAUCUCUAUGAAGAUGAGACCAUCCAAAUCUGGUUCAGUUGCAAAUUUCUACGAGUUGAAUUAUGUCGGCAAGUCUGGUGCUGCCCAUUCAAUGUACGACAUUGUUGUAGUUGCCACACCUCUCCACCAGGGCGUAUCGGAGAUUAAUUUCUCAGGUUUUUCCCCUCCUAUCCCAUCCCACUUCCCUGGCCGCUACCACCAAACGGUGGCCACCCUGGUCCACGGUCUACUCAACGUGUCCUAUUUGGGCACCACAGACAAACCUGAAGACUUUUUGGUUUCUGACGUCCUCACGAUGGAGAAAAAAGCCUCCAUCAUCCAUAGCCUGAGCUCUCUUGCACCGGUGCACAUUCCCAAGGGCUACUCUCGCCCCCCAGCCAGCCAAAGCAAUGUGUGGAAGAUAUUCUCCUCCCAGCCACUUUCUCAGGAGCAUCUGCAGCAAAUCUUCCUUUCCUGGGACUCCGUUUCAGAGAAGCGCUGGCUUGCAUACCCAUUCUAUAGCCCACCGCACCGCAGAACACCUCCAUUCAUCCUUCAUGAUCGCCUGUAUUACCUCAAUGCCAUAGAGUGGGCAGCCAGUGCAAUGGAGAUGAGCGCAAUCUCCGCUCGUAAUUUGGCUCUGCUUGCCCACCACCGCUGGUAUGAGCAGAUCGCCAAAAUUGACCAAGAGGACCUGCACACUAGACUCAGAGGUGAACUUUAACAGAGCAGUCCAUUUCAUCUGAACUGAUUCAUAAGCAAUAACAUCUCUUCUGGAGAGAUUUGAUUUAUGAAAGGCAGAUAUGUAAAACUAGGAGAUUUAUGAGCAGUGAUUUACUGAUUUAUAUUGAAAUACUAAUGAAUAGUUUUGAUUUAAACAAAAUGCAUCUUUUUUCCAUUAUGCCCUACACAAAGUUGCUCUAUGGCCUGAUGGUUAGUUGAAGCAGAAUCUCACAAAGUCUGUCAGGAACAUGUUCAGCUCAUAUUUCACCAAAAAACAAAAGAAAGAAAGAAGAAAUUAUAUUUUGUAUACAAAAAAAUGAAGCCCAUUUAUGCAGAGUUUACACUACACGAUUUUAGGCCCGAUUUUUCACUCGCUGACAGUUUUGCGGCGAUCGCCGCCAAAAGCCCGAAGUCAUUGGCAAAUCAGAGCUCGCUCCCAUGAGCAACAAACGCCAUGUAUGAAUUAUCAAAGACGCGAUCUGAGAGAAGCGGCAAUGCGUCAAAGAUGUCCGCGAGAUAUCUAGCAUGUUAAAUAGCCCGACCUGUCUCUGAUUCCAAAUCGUGCAAUGUGAAAUAUGUUUUGACUGAAUACAACUGCAGCAUUGACCUACAGCCAACGAGACAGCAAAAAACGGGGCAGUGGGAGGAGUCCUGAUGUACUUGCAACAGAACAUCAACUAUGUCUGCUGUAUCAAGAAAGUCUCAUUGGACCGAAAAAUGGAGGAAGAAUUAGUGGAACAUUGGCAGGAGCAAUAAAAAAUAGUGUAACAAUGCUUUAAAAAAAAAAAAUGGUAAUGGCAUAGAAAAAGGGGUAAUUAUGCAAAAUAUUAUGUAUUUUUAUUUUAUUUUGGGGUGAAAUAUGACCCAGUCAGGUUUUGCAUAACAUUUUUAUAAGUACUGUUCUAUUUUAUUAUUAUAGAUAUUGGAACACUGGGUUUAGAAAUAUUUACGUUUACAGGUAAAUGAGCUAGUUUCAAAUAUUUUGAAGGCAUUGAAAAAAAGAUUUAUUUUACCUGAUCUAUUGUAUUCAGUUUGCCUAUAUUGCUCUUUGUAUCCUUCUAGAAUAAGAGUAAGGCCUCCAAGGAGGCACUGUAAUGUUUCAGUAGCGUAAUAAUAGAUCUUUCUGUGAUAGAUUGUGAACUUAUUUGCCCCACAUAAGUUUAACGGGACCCACUUGUUUCAUUAAAAGACCGGUAACAAAGACACUGCAAGUAGCAACACUAUGAUUAGCACAAUCAUAGUGUUGUUAGUACUUUGUUUUCAAAAACAUUAUGCACAUAACAAUAGUAGUGAUUUUUUUUUUUUCUAUUAAUAGUGUGGGAAGGCAGUGUUUCUUCUUGGGAUAAUUUUCAACAGAGUUUUUUUUCCUGUGAUCAAGUAUUACCCCAAGUUAAAUUUGUAAAGUGUUCCAACUUGAACAUAGCCUUGAAAUGAAGAAUAACUAAUAGUAUGGAGUUCUGUUCUUUCAAAAUUGUAAUUAUUGAACUGUUCUGGGGUUUCCAAUGACUGACACUUUAGUUGGAGCUCUAUACAAUUUUCUUCUCUUAAUUUCAUGCAAAUGCUGAUCAAUGUUUGCUUUUUAAAUGUUAUCUUCCUGGAUGCUGAAUGCACCCAUUUUGUUUUUUUAUAUUUUUCUUUUAACAGGGAGAACCAGUUCUUGACAUUGUUAAAAUAUAAUAAAUGAGUGAUGCUUUAAGAAAUGGUUGAUUUUUUUUAUUUUUAUUUUUUAUAAACUGAUGUCAAAUACAGAACUGAUGUUCACAGGAUGUUGCUUGUAUGAAAAUGAGAAUUUCAUGUUGAUAAUUUUUAUGACAAUGUCACCCACAAAUUAAAACACAA